AUGUUGGUUACACAGUAUGAUAUUGAUGCUGUACUUCGAAGUUAUGUAGAUGGACUUGACUGGUUUAUUGUACCAUUACUGAAUCCGGAUGGUUAUGAAUACAGCCGAAGCAGUACAGACCCGGAAAUUCGGCUAUGGCGUAAAAAUCGUUCACCAAGAGUUUGUACACAAAUACGAACAAGUCCUUACAUACAGCCACAAGUGCAGUGCUGCCAAGGAGUAGACCUGAACCGUAACUUCGACUGGCACUUUGGUGUUGAAGGAUCAUCGACGGAUCCAUGCUCAGAAAUUUAUCAGGGUGCUUAUGCAUUCAGCGAACCAGAAACUAGAGCAGUUCGAGACUUCUUAACUCCGCGACGUGGACAGAUCAAAACCUUCUUGACCUUCCACAGUUAUUCACAGAUUUUAAUGUACCCAUUUGGGCAUCAAGUUCGGACAUAUUCCCAAGACGUCAACGAUCUCAGAAGUACUGCAAUGCAAGCAGCAGGAGCUUUACGUUCACUUUACGGCACAAAUUACCUGGUUGGUACUGGAGCUGAUACGUUAUAUCCUGCUUCUGGAGGAUCGGAAGAUUGGGCUAAAGGACGUAUGGGUGUAAAAUAUUCGUAUUUAUUUGAACUACGUCCAGAAGAACAAGUGUGGGACGGAUUUUUGCUAGCAGAAAAUUUGAUUCUUCCAACUGCUCGAGAAACCUUUGAAGCUGUAAAAGUAAUUGCAACGCAUACAAUGGCCCAAGCUGGUGCCAAUUACCAAAGGGAUAUUAUGGCCGAGGUUUGGUUUUGCAACUUUUAA